CGCCAAUAAAUCCAAGAAGAAGAAGAAGAAGGAGGAACAUUCUCCGAGUGGCCCAGUCGGAGCGACAUGGCGGUCCCACAGUUUCUCUCUACGGCGGAGUUGGUCAAACAAGGAGCGGAAGCUCGCUUGUAUCGGGCAGCGUUCUUAGGAAAGCCGACAAUAAUCAAGGAAAGGUUUCCUAAACUCUACCGACAUCCAGAGCUGCACGACAAGCUGAACUCUCGCAGAACAGCUCAUGAGGUCCGCUCCAUCCUGCGCUGCAGAAAAGCAGGUAUUCCGGCUCCAGCUGUCUACUUCGUGGACUACAAGUACCACUGCAUCUUCUUGGAGGAAAUCGUUGGCUCCUCGACUCUGCGUGACCACAUCAACUCCGUUCAGCGGCGCGACUCCUGCGCAGACCGAGGUCUGCACGAGCUAGCCGAGAGAGUCGGUCGGAUCUUAGCCAAAAUGCACGACGAGAACGUCAUCCACGGCGACCUGACCACCUCCAACAUGCUGCUGAGGCGCCGGCCAGAGGCCACGGAACCGGAGCUCGUCUUCAUCGACUUCGGCCUGAGUUACAUUUCGGCUUUGCCCGAGGACAAGGGCGUGGAUCUGUUUGUCCUGGAGAAGGCUUUUCUCAGUACUCACCCCGACACAGACGUGCUGUUUGAGAAGCUGCUAAAGAGCUACGCUGCCACUUCCAAGAUGUCGGCGGCAGUCAUCAAAAAGCUCGACGAGGUACGGCUGAGAGGGAGGAAGAGGUCCAUGGUGGGGUGAUCAUGAGGUGGACGGACGAACACUUAGUUUGAGGUUCAGACGAGUGGUCAACGAUUGGACAGGGUGAAGUUAUUAAUCUGUAUGAUGUUGUGCUAUAAAUGAAACAAACAGACUUGUUAAUAAAAUGUUGCAAGUUA